AGUUCCUGUUUAUCAGCAAUUAACAUAACCAGAUAGAUUAACCAACAUGGGAAAAAAUAUCGUCGACGUUCCACUCAUUGAGUUUCUUAAAAAUCGUAUCUACCUUGGAGCUUUUGAUUAUAGUCCACCCAACACAAAAGAUUUGGUGUAUUUCACCAUAGAAGACUCCCUUCCUUACAAUUCAUUUCACUUGGAUUUUGGACCGUUGAACAUUGCCAUUCUUUAUCGGUUCGCAGUUAUCCUCCACAACAUCCUCAAUGAAGAGAAUAAUCAGGGCAAAGCCGUCGUGUUCUACAGUUCCAGUUGUCCUAAACAACGAGCCAAUGCUGCAUGUUUGUUAUGCUGCUAUAUGGUCUUGAUCCAGUCUUGGUCACCGCAUCAAGUGUUGCAACCUAUUGCCCAAUGUGAUCCACCAUUCCAAGGGUUCAGAGAUGCUGGUUAUUCUCAUGCUGAUUAUGAAAUCACCAUUCAAGACAUAGUGUAUGCCAUGUGGAGAGCCAAGGAGAGGGGGAUGAUUGACUUGACAAGUUUUAAUUUAGAAGAGUAUGAACAGUAUGAACGUGUGGAUCAAGGUGAUUUCAAUGUUAUUUCCAAAGAUUUCAUUGCAUUCGCGUCUCCUCAGCAAACCAAACGUAAUGUCAUUAAUGAACCAUUCAGGAAAGUAUUGAGCUAUUUCAUGGAAAACAAUGUUCAGUUGGUGGUUAGAUUGAACUCUCACUUAUAUGACUCUCAAGAAUUUACCAAACGAAACAUUAGACACAUUGAUAUGAUUUUCGAUGAUGGAACAUGCCCCACUUUAGACUAUGUCCAGAAGUUUGUAGGUGCAGCAGAAACAAUCAUAAACCAAGGAGGGAAGAUUGCUGUCCAUUGUAAAGCCGGAUUGGGCCGUACCGGUUGUCUUAUUGGUGCUCAUUUGAUAUACACCCAUGGAUUCACCGCUAAUGAAUGUAUCGCAUACAUGCGGAUGCUAAGACCCGGGAUGGUUGUUGGCCCACAGCAGCAUUGGCUUUAUUUGCACCAGAAUGACUUUAGAGAUUGGAGACAUACCAUGGUGUUGGAUAAUCGACCUUGUGAUUUCAUUGAUGGAUUAUAUCCGUUGAUUAGUUACGAAGAGUUUAAGACUAGAAUGAAGAUUGAAAAGAAGAAAUUAAGGGAACAGGAAGCUAAUGCUCUUACUGUCAAUUCUAGUUUCAGUCAAAUGGAUUCAUCAUUUCAAACUCCAAUUAGAAGAAGAAAGAUCAGUGGCGCGUUAACGUCCAAGAUUCAAUUAGCUGUGCCCAAUGAUUCUCCUGGUCAACCCAGAAAGUAUAUGGAAGCUGCCGAGGAGCACGAAACUGAACUUAUUAAUAAUUCAGACGAUGACGAUGAUGAUGAAAAUGUUGUAAUGAUGCAAGAUAUACAGAGUACUCCUGGGAAGGAUGGUGUUACUACAAGCACCCCUAACCAAUGGAAAAUAUUAAGAUCAAUAUCUACCAAUGCCAGAAGAACCAACCAACCGUUACUGGUCACCAAAACUACAACUACAACCACCACAAGAACAGUCAGCCAUACCUUGUCUAGUUCACCAGCAGGAUCACCUAGCAUCAGGAUGCCAAAGGCGCGGUCCUCGAAAAACAGAGUGAUUCUGGCCAACGGUAUUCAAUCACAAACUCAAGUACGAGUUCAUUCAGGAGGGAUCAGAAAAGUCAGUGGGAAAAAGUAUUAGUUUCGUUUUCUAUAUUUAUAUAGAUUUUUGUAUAAAACUGUAAGAUUAUUCGUCCUCUUCGUAAGCGGCUUCGACUAUGUCGAAUGGCUCAUCAUCCACACCAAAUGCUAAGAUGUUGUAAUCUUUAAACUUGAUCUUUUGAAGCAUGGAAUCAUCAAGUUCGAGCCAUUGGUUAUCAUAGGGAGAGGACAUGUCUUGAGGCACAGCAAUUCUCAAUUGUUCAGGCGUGACCAAGACUUCCGCUUGUUCCUCUUCACCAUUCUCAAUGAAUUCAGAUUUGGGAACUGGAAUAUUUUCUUCAUCGUCUUCUUCAUCAACCGGUUCCCUUUCCGGUUCAUCUGAUUGAACACCACCAGAGUUAUUUAUCGCGUCAGCUACUUGUUGCUUCAAGUGUUGGAGGGAGGUUGUUGAAGUGAAGGGAAUGGUGUAUGUUAUUCGACUUCUUUUGAAUUUCAAAACAGUGAUCAAAUUCACAGUGGAUUUCUUUGGUGGCUGAGAUUUUGUUAGUUGAUGAUCGCGAACGGAGGGUGUUUCAAUGUACUUACCAUUAUGUAUCUAUGGUGUUGCUAAUUGCUGUGUGAAGUAAGUUUUGAUUUGGGUGAAAAAAAAAAUGUAUAUAUAUAUAGAUGUGAAAAGCUACUUUCAUCUCAACAAAGUGGUCAACUGAUGAAACGGAUAACCGACAAAAUCACUCACAAAGAGUCGAUAUGUCAGCUAUAUAGAUCACUUCUACGAAAAUCU